UUCCGCAACGGUCGAUUUGACCUACAAAGUCUAAACUCGCCCUGGCUGUAGCGCGCCCGCUUCUUCAGCCAUAAUGGCAAUUGCAAAAAAGAAAGGGGAUGAUAAAAGCAAUUACAGUGCUGAUAGUGCAAGAAACGAUGGUGACAUAUCCUCAAACGAAGAGGAACCUAAUUUCAGUGAUCCUGAUGACUACGUUGAUGAUAUCCCAAAUGAAGAACUGUUGGGAGAUAUUCUAAAGCAGAAACCCAAGGAAACCGAUGGCGUGGAAAGUGUUAUUGUAGUAGAUGGUGUACCGCAAGUUGGCCCGGACCGUAUUGAAAAGCUUCAAUCCGUCAUAAACAAAAUCUUCUCAAAGUUCGGAAAUAUUGUGAACACUCACUUUCCGACGAACGAAAAAGGUCACACUAAGGGUUUUAUAUUUUUGGAAUACUCCCUACCGGUACAUGCUCAAGAGGCGGUUAAAGCUACGAAUAAUUACAAGUUAGACAAGCAGCACACAUUCUUAGUUAACUUAUUUACGGAUUUCUCAAAGUACGAACAAAUACCCGACAAUUGGAAGCCGCCCGAAUCGCAAAAGUACGAAGGACAAUCGGAUUUGUACUCGUACUUGCUGGAACCCGACGCGUACGACCAAUUUUCCCUUGCGCUAACUGGGGGAGCGCAAGUCUGGCAGAACACACAACCGGACCCGAUCGUACUUCAUGAUAGACCGAACUGGACGCAGAGUUACGUUAAAUGGUCGCCGCUCGGAACGUUCUUUACGACCUUUCACAAGCAGGGAGUCGCGUUAUGGGGAGGUCCCCAAUUCUCGCAAUAUAAGAAGUUCAGCCACGCGGCCGUGCAAUUCAUCGAUUAUUCUCCGUGCGAAAAGUAUGUUACCACCUACUCGUCGCAGGUUGAUGUUCACAAUCCUGAUCAGAAACGCAUCAUCAUCUGGGAUAUUAGAACGGGUCAAGAGAAGCGCAGUUUUAACCCGGAUGGUCCUUCCGCAUGGCCGAUUUUCCGAUGGUCGCACGACGACAAGUACUUCGCAAGAAUGGGCACGGACGUACUUUCGAUCUACGAGACUCCCUCCUUCGGCUUGCUCGAAAAGAAAUCCUUGAAGAUUUUGGGCAUACAGGAUUUUAGUUGGUCGCCGACCGAUAACGUAAUCGCGUUCUGGGUGGCGGAAGAUAAGGACGUGCCGGCUCGCGUCACCCUGCUCGAGAUUCCGAAUCGUAACGAAAUUAGAAACAAAAAUUUGUUUAACGUCGCCCAUUGUAAGAUACACUGGCAGAAAUCGGGCGACUUUUUGUGCGUGAAGGUGGAUCGUUAUUCGAAGGUGAGGAAGGAGAAGAAUGAGAUUAAGUAUUCUGGAAUGUACUUCAAUUUCGAAAUUUUCCACAUGAGAGAGAAGGAGAUUCCGGUGGAUAGUGUUGAGAUCAAGGAGCUGAUACAGGCUUUCGCUUGGGAACCUAUCGGUUCUAAGUUUGCGAUAAUCCACGGGGAGUCGCCGAAUAUUAGUGUCAGUUUUUACGAAGUACGUGUCGGACAGGCACCGCUUCUUCUGAAAAAGUUGGAGAAACGUGCCUGUAAUCAUCUUUUCUGGUCUCCGAAUGGACAAUUUAUCGUCUUAGCGGGAUUGGGAUCCAACGGUGGAGGUUCCUUAGAGUUUGUCGAUACACAAGAUUUCGUUAUAAUGAAUACGACUGAUCAUUACCAAGCGUCGGAUGUCGAAUGGGAUCCCACCGGAAGAUACGUCAUUACCGCCAUUUCCAAUUGGAAGACAAAGGUCGAUACUGGUUAUUACAUGUGGUCAUUCCAGGGUAAAAUUUUAAAAAGGGUGAAUUUAGAUAAGUUUUCCCAGUUGUUGUGGAGACCUCGCUGUCACACUUUACUAGACGAUAAGCAAUUAAAGGACAUUAAGAAAAAUUUGAAAAAGUAUUACGCUCAGUUUGAAAGUAAAGAUCGUAUGCGACAAACAAAGGCGUCUAAGGAACUAAUUGAAAAACGCGCCGCUCUAAUGGAGAAGUUCAGUGCCUAUCGCCAAAAACGGAUACAGGAAUGGAUUGAACAAAAACCUAGACGUUUGGAACUUAGAUGUGGCAUUGACACAGACGAAUUAGAUAGUGAUGUACAAAAUACGGAAGAAGAAAUUGUCGAGUUCUUUGUAAAGGAAGAGUUUAUCGAAAUCGAGUAGUCGCCAUUGUUUCUUUGUUAUUCUUUCUUACACCUGCAUUGUAUUGGUGUAAGAAGGGCCCUCUGAACAAUGUUGUACCAUUUCAAAAGGUGUCUUAUUAAAAUUGGAAAUAAAUACUUGAUUUAUACCAU